CUCAGUGCAGUUCUAGUCAAAAUCGCGUUCCUUUCGGUAAUGUCCUUUUCUUGGCUGACAGAAGCCUGAAGACAUACAUAAAUCCUGAAAGCUUGUGGAGCCUGCCACGGCAGCAAAAAUAUUGUGCAUGUCGAAAUACGAAAAAUUGUGCAAUUAAGUAUUUGCAUCCUGUCGUAGACUCCGGUGACAGCGACAGCGACGACGGCGAGAAGGACGUCGCCGACGAGGACGAUAACCAGAAGCGUACUUCGACGACGACCUCUUUUGUUGAGGAUGUUCUCUUGCAGUCGUCGAUUUAGUGUGUUAAAGUGGGAGAUUAAAGUGUGAACUUUUUAUUAGAGCAAAACGAGGAUUUGAAUGAAAAGCUCACGGGUCGUUGUCAUCGUUGUUGUUUUCCAGUGCAAUUUUCAAGGAGUCUUGGAAAUAAAACAGCAACAAAAAGGGCAGAGAAAGUGUAGAGCCAUUGAUGCAAAACGGGGUGCAUUUCGUCAAAUGCAGAGAAACCUAAAUUGACGGUGUGUCGGGUUUGCGUGUGAUCAAACGAUAGUGUGAGGUAUCCUUGUUGCGCCACGCACUAGUCCAUUGUGUGCGGUGUGGUUCAGUGAGGUGGUAAUUUCGGUGAAUGUCUUUAUGUGCUGUGCGCUAAUUUGCGACACAAGACCUAAUUGUUAUCUUCUCUAUUUCGUAACAAUGGGACACGUCUUCAAACGACAACGGGCAUUACGACUAAAGUAAGAACACUUUCAGGACCAAAACAACUCAACAAUAGCACUAAGGGCCGUAUUGUCCAAGGAUAACUGGAAAAAGGAGAGUGGAAGGAAGUAGAGAUAUUUACUUAGCGCUACAUAAUAAAAACCAGGUGAAGCGAACUAAUUGGCCCCCUACAUUCCGACGUUGGUUCAGCAAGGAUAUUACGUAGUUGCGGGAAAAACAAGAUAAUCUGAUUCUGGAAGCCAAUCUUCCCACCGGACUGUUCGUGAAAACCUUCAGAAGAAAUUUAACGAGGAUAUUCACAGCGGAAAAGAUCUCAUUCAUGUCUUCAAGUUGACUACAUCAAGCAUUGUCCAUAGUUGGUUAUUCACUAAACUACGAAAAACAGCAAACAAAGUGAAAAUGUAAAUCAUAAUUGGAGAAUGUUUCGCUUUGAAUACAUUCGCUUCACAAUAAGGAAUUAAAAGUCCACAAGAAACUCCGGAACCGAGCAAAUUUAUCAAAGAGCAAACGCUAAAAAAGUCUUUUGCAUAAGAAAAGAUGACGUCGCGACAUCAAAUUUAUUCAGUUCUUAAAGGAACUGUUUUAAUUUUCUUAGUGGUUGGCAUUGUCCAAUCAGCUCCUAUGCCAACCGCAUUAUCCCAUGCUCCUGAAACUGAACUAUUGUCGUCGUCUUCAUGGACAACCGCCACGACGGAAACGACAUCUCUGAAGAGCAGCAGUAGCAGCAGCAUCCGCAGCCAAGAUGCUGAUAUCGAGUUUGAUAUGCAUUUGCCAACUAGACCAAAUUUUCAACGGAUGCCCUCACAUCGAUCCAAUGAUGCUCUAAAGAAUUUGUUUGAGAACAGCAGAACUACGGAGGAAACAAAUAAGCCACAGUUGCUCUCGUCCACAAUAACUGCAAAUAUAAUCCCAGAAACAGAAACUGCAACCCCGCGGGGAGGCGAAGACACCACGUCACACCGAGAGAGGGGUGAGGGUGGAAAUGAAAAUUUUAAUGAUCAUUAUUAUGAGACAUCAACAACCAGCAAGGGUUUUGGUUACGAUGUUGGGACAACACAAUAUAUUGGAGCAUCCUCUUCGGCGCUGACGUCGUCCACGGCAUCAUCGUUGCCAUCGAAUUCCGAAGAAGUGCAUACUCAAACAACAACGUACUUCAUUGUGAAAACAACAACUCCCACUCCAGUCCGUUCAUCGUAUUUCAAAGAUGCUUCUUCUGAGGGCCCAACAGACCUUUCGAUGGAUGAAAAGGAUGCAGUCCUUUCAGCAAUAAAAGCGGCUACUGUAGGGAGUGGAGCUCCUGUAAGGGCUCUCGACUUUGAAUCUGAUACCGCAACGAAAACUACAAACACUCCGUCGAACCUUCGCCCCUUGACUGCGGAACCAUCGCUUUUGCCAACAACAUCUUCGCAGGAAUCGGAAACGACUAUAAAUUCCAGUGAUAGAAAAAAAAUUGAUUCAAAGUCGAUGGAUGCAAAAACAACAAAAGAGGCUACCACCAUCGAACGGGAAGCACUUUCUGAAUCAACGAUAGUAACAACAAGUGGAACAAGCGUACCGCUACAGUCGACAACAGAGUCCUCCCCGGGCGCGUCCUCAGUACUUCCACCAAAGGACGUAAUAUCCACAACAUUGACUCCGGCCACUCCCCAAGCGGCAAUAGUAGCAACGAACUCUCCAAAGUCUAAGACCAAAAUCAAUAAGGGGUUGGGAGCGGGCAAAGGGGCGAGUAGUAUCUCAAAGAAGAAAUCUGGAAUUACAAUUAUGGGACACGAUGGCGUCAAAGUCACACGGAAAAAACAGUUGUUGGAGAAGUCAUAUCGAGAUGAUAUCGAUAUGGUUGUAGCGAUGACGACAGCAGCAACUGGGGGACCGACUACUUCCUUAGUUGAAACUGUAGAAGUGGGAAAAAGUCACAAAGUAAUGGAGCCAAUGGCGGUAGCAACGGACGAGGCUACAUUAUCGUCUACUUCAGCUCCUAUUACUGCGGAUUCCACUUCGACUUCUACCGAGGGAGAGAGCGAUGAUAAUGGGGGCCACGGCAAUGAUAGCGCCAAAGAGACAACGCCGGCAACAACAUUACUUCAAGUUCCCACGGAAAUGCCAAAGGAUUCCUCGAGCAAGGGAAGCGAUGCAAUGGAAAUCGAAAAUGAAUUAUGGAAUGGCGAUGAUUCCAAGAAAAACUAUUUCGAAGCGAAUCGAGUGGGAUCGACAGAAAUCAGCACCCAAAGCACUGAGUCCUUACCGUCAGCCAGCUCUCGUCAGGACCAUGUUGGGAACUUUGAUGGUUCAAGCACAAAUUUGCCAACCUUUUCCUCAUUUUCAGCGGUUACCGAGUCAACCCUAUCCUCUGAGGAAAUUUCCAUUCACACGAAAGUGACUUCAACUUCUGAGAUUACAACGGAAGCAUUCUCUGAAACUUCAACUAUACCAUCUGGCUUCGUUGGAACCACACAAAGCGAAAAUAUCACAACAACCUCUUUCGCAGAUGCCAGUGAAGUAGCAAGAAACUCUUCGAUUCCCUCUUCAACUGCAGAAGUUUCCAACACGCCGUCGAGCUUGGGAUCAAUACGAAUACCCACAACGCCUCUCAUCUCUACCGCAUCCGCGCAACCCAAGGUGGACUUUUUGAAUGAAACACACAUCCUUGUGGUGGAAAUAACCAGCGCCGAUAACAGUACGGACGACGUAGUAAGCAAUGAAGAUUCCGCUUACAAUGGAAACUCCAUUCCCAAGUUUACAAUUCAUAACGAUGGGAUUUCCGAGUACGAUUCGGGGAAUACCCGACCAUACGGGACAGGAGUGGAAAUCGAUUACGAGAAUUCAAAAUCACAAGCGGAUGAUGACUUGUUUGUGCCAGAUUUGAAGUUGGAGCCCAUUGAGGAUAUCCCGCCAGUGACGGUCAGCACAAAGGAGAAGAACGUCGCACAUCAAAGGGAAACAAUCGACCGAGACUCGGAUACGAUUUUCUAUAUAUCCAACACGGAGGUGAAGGUAGUCGAGUCAAAGCCAACUCAGAAUUCGAAUGUGGCAGGUGCUGAUAAAGCUUCCAGUGAUUUCAAUUCAAAUUACGAGUCGCACCGUCCUAAUGGAGAUACGCAAUAUUAUCCUGCAAUAUACGAGGAGGACGUUAUUAUCGACUUUCCUGCGAAAAAUGUAACUUUCAGCGUUACUUCUAAUCAAGCUGCUGCAGCGGGCAAGGACGAUGAAGCUCCAGCAAAGUCGGAAAGAUACGAGGAGGAUAUCAUUCUGUCGCCACUCAAGAACAAUUUCGAUCCACUCAAGAUAAUUGCAAAUCACAAUAAUGGUGUUAGCGAGCAGAAACAGUCCGAAGGACUACCCGCCACCGCUUCACUUACCCAUCACGCCAAUCCACUGAGUUUGGAAAACAACCCGUCGCUUACGUACAUCGGAGAGAAAUUGAUCGAAGUGGAGCCAUCUCAAACGGACUCUCCAAUCACAUUCCCGGACCCUAAUCCUAAUAACUCUGAAGCACCACUGGAAGUGAAUGAAUCCUUGGUCCCUAUCUCCGAUGUGAUUAUUCAGCCUGCAAUUAUACCGGAAAUGUCCAUCGGUGUACCGGUCAUUGGGGAGUUACCGCCGCAAAUUGAACUCAGAGAAAUCGAUUUUUUGGCGGACAGUCCAGUGUCAGGAUCAGGAAUAAGUUCUGGUGGUAGCGGCACCUUCUCCAAUGCCGUUAAUGAUCCGAGCAAUGAGAAAUUUGAUGGCAUUCAAUAUGGAGGUGACCUUUUUGCACGUGACGCUUCUGUACUCACCGGUGGUCCUGGCUACGAUAUGGACACUGAGUAUGUUUUCGGCGGGCGACGUCACACGUACAACAAUAAUCCGAACGGCUUUAGUCCUCUGAAUGACCCCAUUAAGGUGAAUCGCGAUAAAAAUCGAAAUAAUGGACGGAAUAUGGGCAGUGGUUAUGACGGUAAUAACGAUGUGACGGUCGCCUCGAAGAUUUUUAUGCACGCCGUUGAUAAUCUGCAAAAGGACCAACUUAUCGCCGAAGUGCGAAGUGGAUUCAAGGAGUUGUCCGUGCGGCAAAACAUGAAUGCAAAUGGAACCGGAUCGGCGGAAACGAAUCUGACGAAUGCCACAGCUUAUUCGGUGAUGGAGGACGCUGACGGGGAUUUGUUCAAUUUCACCGAUAUGCAAACUCUGUUCCUGGCAUGUUUUGCAACACUUGUGCCACUCAUCCUUUGCGUACUUUUGGCAUUCGGAUUGCGGUAUCUAUGGCGAAAAUAUCGACCGGGACCGAGUGUUAGUGGCCUCAUGGGAGACAACAGCACAGAUCCGUUGGCAACCAAAUCGAUGACAAUGUCCCAGGACGAGUUGAAAUCGACCGAAUCCGGAUAUGCAAUCAAUCGUAGUAAUGACACCCUUGAUUCAAACGACACUGAAAUCGAUUGCAAAAGCGACGAUCGCAAUAGACCAAUCUAUCGAAAUACAAUCGUUAGUGAGGCUCAUGAUUUGACGCCAAACGGCAUGAUUACUAGCACCAGUAAUCAUUCCGGAGCUAAUGGCUCCGUCAUUACUAUGACGCUCAAAAAUAAUCACCUGAUUGUCGAAACUGAAGAGCGAAAUGACAUAUCGCGGGAUGCCCGGGAAACCAAAAUGCAUUACACUCCAUCUGAAAAGGAUGGUGUAUUUGUUGUAGAAGUAGCACGGGGAGCUGAUAGCACUGGAAUUCCUGGAAGCCCACGUAAUGCCUCUGAAGCACGAACACUCAAUCACACAGUCGAUAUUGAAAAAUCAGAAAAAACAUCCAGAAACGAUUCAAAACCAACAAAUCACGAAGAGGUUCAAAUCCAUCAACCGCCCCGUGAUGGAGAGGCCAACGAGGACAAAGUAAUUGCUGAAGUGGAAGAAAGCAGAGAUAGCAAUAAUGCCGUUUCAUUAAAAUGUGAUCCGGAACCACUCAGCACAAAUUUAGCAAAUUCUAAUACCGGACUCUCUCAAUCUGACCUGAGUACAUCGUCAGCCGACUCGAACAAAGGCUACACAUAUGGCAACCAACAACUCUACACGGUUGAAACGAAAGGAUAUCGCCCACCCUCACCAAAAAUGGGCAACCUUUCUGCUAAAGUCUCACCCAUGAAAUGUGAAAAUGAUGAGACGGACAUGGCAAACGAGAAUUGUAGUGCUCCAGUCAAUAAAAAACCCGACCCGGAAACGAAACCAAUUAUAACGGCAGCUCUCCUGAAGCAGGACACUGUCAGUGAAAUAAACGAUAACUACAGCUCCCAAGGACAGAAGUCAAGCGACAACAAUGCUAGUUCGAAGGAAAAUGGCACCGAGACGUUUGAUGUGAAUAAUGUCCCGAAUUCGGGCACAUUGUCCUCGUCGUCUUCGCACAACAACGAGCCAAAGAGCUUGUCAUGUAACAACAAAAAUAAUGACUCCUGUAACAAUCCCGACCCUCGGGAUGGUCAACAACAGAUUGAAAAUGGCGAAAUAACACCUGUCACGGAUAAUAAUAACGGGCACAAAAAUGAAAUCGAGCCAACAACAGAAAAAGUUCACGAAAAUGGCACCGGGAAUAGCCAGGAAAAUGGUACCGUUAUCGAUGUCCCUGUCGAUGAUAUCAACGACGUGGAAAAUGGCUUUGAUAGCAUCAUUAGCCUGCCGCCACCGCCACCCACGUCCGAGGAAAUCAAACAAUUGAAUGACGUCAUAUUAAUGGAGAACAAUCAAUUGGAUUCAUUGCCACCCCCGCCGCCACCAGUUGAUAGUCAGAGUCAAAUCCUGAACCAUGAGGCGACAACCAUUAACGGUCAUACAACAAUGGAGGGUCAAAAUGGGGUGGCUGUCGUUAUAACCGGUGCAAGUUAAUGUUAGACGUUGAGCUAAGUAAAUAAGAAAAUCAGGAGUCAACCAGAAGAUUUUAUGACACAUUUCCAUGGAUAUUAUAUUAAUAUUAUUUGUAACACAGGAGUAACGAAGGAUACCGAAACAACAAUUUUUUUAUAUGUAAAACCCCUCCGAAGACUCGCUGUUUCCAGUUCUAUUUGACGUGGGACAGUUUGCAUUUUCAGAGACU